AUGAAUUUUCUUCGAACAGCCGCCACAGCUUAUUCAAACGUUGUGAUAGAUCCAAAUUGGCCAGAAUAUGAAAUUCUUGAGUCUAAUAAAGAAUAUGAAAAGCGAAAAUAUCCACCGUCAUUUUGUGUUGCCACUCAAUUUGUAGCUAAAAGUGGUGAUGAGCCCGUAAUGUCAUAUUUAUGGAAAUUGGUUAAAUACACACAAAAAGGAAAUUCUGACGAUAAAGAAAAUCAAAUCAAUCCUCCGAAGCCAACUGUUGAAGAUGUCUUUAUAUUGAAUCAACCUGAACGUAUUGUUUAUGCAAAAAGAUUUGGUGGGUUCGCCAAGGAGGCCGACUGGAAACGUGAAAGUGCAGAUUUGAUGAAAAAACUUCAUUUAUUGCCGAUCAAUCAAGAAGAAAUUUUAUCUGCCACAUAUGACUUACCAACAAAAUUAAUGAAUCGUCAUAAUGAAGUGAUGUUUAUGGCAUUAGAUGACAAUGAUAAAAUGUGCAAUGAAACUACAGUAUCGAAUAACAGAACGGAUGACGAACAGUAA